UGCAAGAUUAUGCGUGCGCGUGCUACCAUCGAUGAAGUACAUUUUGUGAGAAAAAUUUAUACAACAAGUUUGUCCCUGAUCAUGUAAUACGUAUAUAAUAUUUUUGGAAAAGUCACAGAUACGAAAAAGUAGUGAUGUAAUCUUUUGUUUUGUUUGCAGAAUAUUCGAAAAAUUUCUUACUAAAAUGUAUGAUGAAAAAUGUAGGUGGAAAAGAUGACAAAGGGGACGUCGGAGACGACAAAGCAAAGCAUGUCCGCGAUGCGUGUUUCCCCCUUACGAUAUCAGAACGAUUCGUCUUCGUCCAAUCCGCUGUAUUCCCCGCACAUGGAACAAAGUUCAGACUAUACCGAGAGCCGAUACGCGACUAAAUCAUUUUAACGAUGUAUCUUGUGUGGAUCGAGUAGUAAUUUUCAUCGAUCGAAUACUCUGCACCGAGCUUCAAGAGCCAAAUUUCGUCAAAAGGAAACACGGAAGAAGACAAGCAAGGGUGGGAAGAGUCGAAGGAAGAAAGGAAGUGUGUGAGAGCAAGAAACGAAAACGAAAGAGGGAAAGGAAGGAAGGAUUUCAAAAUGCGGACUUAUCAAUCAAGGAUAUUUUUUGAAAUAGAGUCAAUUUCGAGUUAGUAGAAUUACUAGCUAAUUUAUUUUAUCUCAUGCAUUCGUAUUGAUAGCGAAAUAAAAAGAAGGGAAAGAAUCGAUGUGUGGCUUAUUAGAAAAUCAGUGGAUAUUUCUCGACCGAUGAGAUUCUUCGUGGAAGAAUAUUCAAGGGAUAAAUGUAUGAAAGAAAAAAAUUUAUAGGAAAUCAUUUGUAAGUGAGAUUAUAUUAAUAUCCGUAAAAAAGAAAAAAUAUAUUGGCACGAUGCGUUUAAUUCAACACCUGGUGUUGUUUUCUCUUCUCUUACUGGAUAAUCAAGUGAAAGCCAUUUGGCCCAAAGUCCCAAAUCCCUUUCCUUACAUUUGGUGGGGAUAUAAUCCACGAUCAAGUAGCUCGACAUCUUCGAGUUCCUCUUCCUCUGAAGAGCAUUGCGCCGAAUGUACACAAAAUAAAAUCGGUCUGUUAACUGCUACCGAUCCGAUUUUAACGGAGCUAAGAGUCGAAUAUGUCAAACAGCAAAUCCUCAAGAAGUUGCGGCUUUCCAAACCACCCGAGAUAUCGAUGCCGCUCUCGACCUUGCCGAAGCCUCUGAUAAAUGGUCGUGUACUCGAACUUCGACCCGGAGCACCACUCGAACCGGAAAAAUCAGUGGAUAGCUUUUAUGGAAAAACUGAUCAGAUCGUCGUUUUCCCAAAUGAAGGUAUUGCCAAUUCGAAGCAAUGCCAACAGAAAUCGAACCAUUUGACGGGUUUCAAUCCGGCAGCCUGUUUCACAUUUUAUCUACCGAACGAAAUGCGAUUCGUGGAUGUGACUUCGGCGCAACUUUGGUUUUACAAGGAGUACGAUGAGAACGACGAUUUAAAUCAAACUUUUGUGCUCUCUGAACUCGACCAUUGGGAUUUGAGUGGAAAUUUUGAAAAGAAUAUGAUUAUGGCUAUCUUCGAAACCGAUAUUGGAGAGGGAUGGGUGAAAAGCGACGUAACUUUCACGCUGAAAAAAUGGGUGGAAGAUUUUCGAUUGGAUCACGCGAUACAGAUAGCUUGCAGUACCUGUUCGAUGGACCGAGAUACAGCACCUGUGUCUGUUAAACAAACGUUGAAACCCUUUCUUGUGAUAUACACAUCGCCGUUACCGCAGAAAAACAGGCCAAAGAGGAAUUCGAAUUGUCUGCCAGAAAUGAAGGAGUGCUGCAGAGACGAGCUUUACAUUAAUUUCAAGGAUAUCGGUUGGAGUGAUUGGAUCCUUCAUCCAAGCGGAUAUCACGCGUAUUUCUGUCGUGGGUCUUGCUCUUCCGCUGCUUCGUUAACCAUCAGUGGAUCUGCCUACAACAACAGGUUGUUGACUAAAAAUGGUAACACAGUGCGACGUAAAAACGAAAUUGUUCCGUGUUGUUCACCUACGCAACUAUCACCGAUACAAUUGCUCUACGUUGAUUCCAACAAUACCAUCACGCAAAAGACUCUGCCAAACAUGGUAGUCGAAGCCUGCGGAUGCAUGUGAUUCACGAAAAUCAUCCAAAUUCUCCCAUAAAUAUUCUUUGUUGUAUUGACAGAUUCGAAUUCAAACUUGUAUCGUACCUGUACCUAUCGUUUCUAAAGCAACGAGAGUUUGAUUCCUAUUAUCAUACAAAUAAGUUCCUUGUGAAUAAACUUGCCGCAUUCAGUGUCUCUAUAUUCUGAAGUUCAGGGAUGAAAGCAUAAACUUCAACUCUGAAUUUCAGGAUCGAAACAACCUUAACUCUAGAAAAAAUAAAGAAGGUAAAAGAUAUAGAAGAAUUAAUGCGAAAUCAAACGAUUUUAAAUGUUGUACAAUGUAAUGCAUGUGUCCAUUCUAGAAGCGGUGGUAUUUUAAAGAUUUUAAGAUCACCUAUUAUAUAUAUAAUAAAUAUAUUAUAU